AUGGCCUCGGAGCUGGCCAUGAGCGCGGAGCUGCCCACCAGCCCCCUCGCCAUCGAGUACGUGAACGAUUUCGACCUGAUGAAGUUCGAGGUGAAGAAAGAACCGGCGGAGGCGGAGCGGCUGUGCCACCGUCUGCCCGCCGGUUCGCUCUCCUCCACCCCGCUCAGCACGCCCUGCUCCUCCGUGCCUUCCUCGCCCAGUUUCUGCGCUCCCAGUCCCGGUGGGCAACCGGCACCCGGUCCCCCGACCACCACCGCCGCUUCCCUGGGCUCCAAACCGCAGCUGGAGGAGCUGUACUGGAUGUCGGGUUACCAGCAUCACCUCAACCCCGAAGCUCUCAACCUGACGCCGGAGGACGCGGUGGAAGCGUUGAUCGGUGCCCCUCACCAUCAUCAUCAUCACCAUCAAGGUUACGAGCCUUUCCGACCUCAGCCUUUCGGUGGUGAGGAGCUACCCCCGGCUUCCCAUCACCAUGCCGGCCACCACCACCAUCAUCAUCAUCACCUGCGCUUGGAGGACCGCUUCUCCGACGAUCAGCUGGUGAGUAUGUCGGUCCGGGAGCUGAACCGGCAGCUGAGGGGCUUCAGCAAGGAGGAGGUGAUCCGCCUCAAGCAGAAGAGGAGGACCUUGAAGAACCGAGGCUACGCUCAGUCCUGCCGCUACAAGCGGGUCCAGCAGCGGCACAUCUUGGAGAACGAGAAAUGUCAACUCCAGAGCCAGGUGGAGCAGCUCAAGCAGGAGGUGACCCGCUUGGCCAAGGAAAGGGAUCUGUACAAAGAAAAAUACGAGAAGUUAGCCGGCCGGGGCUUCCCGAGGGAACCCUCCCCAUCCGCCGCCCCCAAACCCGCUGCUGACUUCUUCAUGUGA